GACCACUACUUAGUGCAGACCAGCAGCCAUUGGGGGUCAGUGUCCUGUAUGUGGCAAAAGGCUUAAGUGCCACACUAAUGUGAUCCUUCGUGAUGUCUUUUAUGUGACCCCUGACCCCUUGUGUGUUUGUGUGACUCAGGGAAGCUAACCCCGCCUCUCUAUGAGGUUGGAGGAUGUGACAUGUCCCUGGUGAACUUUGAGCCCGCAACCAGACGAGCGUCCAACAACCUCUGGGAAACAGACUCCCACCUCUCCAGUUCUACCUCAGUUGGUUUUUACCCUCAUGACCUGAUGCGUCUGAAUCGUUUACUGUCCAUGGACCCAGAGCUGUUGGAACAGCACGAUGUGGACAGGAGUCCUGACCUGCAGGAGGCGCCGCACUGCACGCAGGACUCCACGCAUAAUCACACGCACUCGCACACGCACCCACACAAAACCAAGCAGUACUACCGCCUCUGGCUGCUGCCGUACCUGUGGGUCAGGCUGCACUUUGACAGACUCACAUUACUUGCCCUCUUCGACAGGAACCGGGAGGUUCUGGAGAAUGUGCUCUCAGUGGCUCUGGCGGUUCUCGUGGCCUUCCUGGGUUCUGUGCUGCUAGUUAAUGGGUUCUUCACUGACAUUUGGGUCUUUCAGUUCUGCCUCGUUAUUGCCAGUUGCCAGUACUCAUUGCUGAAGAGUGUCCAACCCGACUCUUCAUCACCCCGACAUGGUCAUAAUCGAAUCAUCGCUUACAGCAGGCCUGUGUAUUUCUGUCUGUGCUGUGGGCUGAUCUGGCUGUUGCACUAUGGGAGUGUAAACAGCAGCUACACUGCAGUGUCUCUGUAUGGAGUCGCUCUCACCAGCUCUGUCCUGCUGUCUCAGGCGCGGGAUCUCCUCAUUGUUUUCACUUUGUGCUUUCCCAUCAUCUUCUUCAUUGGGCUGCUCCCUCAGAUUAACACUUUCGUCAUGUACCUGCUUGAGCAACUUGACAUUCAUGUCUUCGGAGGAAACGCAUGCACCAGUCUGCUCUCAGCUCUCUAUAGUGUUGUGCGCAGCAUCACCACCAUAGCGAUGCUCUAUGGGUUCUGCUAUGGCGCCCUAAAGGACUCGUGGGAUCCUCAACACAUUCCUGUGCUUUUCUCAGUGUUUUGUGGAUGGCACAGACCCAAAGAGAAAGAGAGAGAGGCUGUAGUGUCAGGAGGUAAAGGAGGGGGGUAUUUUUCUGUUCCUGACCUGGGCCAGAGUGACCUCAGCAGGGAUGCUGUGAGAGGCUCUGCGGCGGCCGGCAGCAAUCGCCGGGAUCACUCUCAAAGACUGGACUUUUCAAUGGGCUAA